CAGUAAUUGCUGAAGGGCCUUUGGUCAGUCUAUUCGUGCUUUGUCCACCAUGAAGAGAGGCGCAGAGAGACAAAUCAGUAAAGACGACGGCGACGACAUAGAGGAAGUGGAAGACCCUGGCAAGGGUUUCCAAAAGGCAGAUGAGUCUGUCCUCACAAAGCGACAAAUACGUGGCUUGCCCAAACGAACCAUGACUUCAAAUAAAGCUUUGUCUUUCGCCGGACUCCCCAGUGCACCUCUUUCACCCGCGGAUUCGGAAACCCCUGCUUCCCCGAAGUUUGGUGGUUUCUCAGGGUUUGGCUCAGGAGCUGGACCAAGUCCGUUCUCAUUCAUGCCUCCAGCCGCCCCUUCAUUCGCGGCCUCAAACGUUGCGCCCUCUGCGUCUGCUGCUACCAAGGGCUUUGCAUCGGUUGUACAAGCUGCUAGUACUUCCAAUGCAUCUCCGAGUACUUCAGAUGAAGAUUACGGCCCAGAACUGAAAUAUUACAAGUCUAUUCGCGGUCUUAACGUCUCCUUUUUGUCAGCGGUCCAAAAAGCUGUAGACCAGGAUCCCUUUGUUGAUAUCGCAGGUCUUCUUGAAAGCUAUAAGAAUCUACGCACUACCGUCCAAACCGACCUUGACGGCUCAUCCAAAACUGCCAGCCAGAAGGCAUCAGCUUCUGGCCCUCCUGCGCCCGAGAAGGCUGCACCUUCUGCGACUGGAUUUCCCGUACCAAAAGGCUUCUCUGGAUUCAAUAGCUUUGGUUCCCCAUCAUUACCUACUUCAUCCACGAAUGGAACGGAUAAGAGCUCGGCACCCAAAAGUGCCUUUCCCUUCUCUACAUCAUCUUCCAGCACAAACUCGACCCCGACUUUCGGCUUCAGUGCAAAAACGACUGAAGAAGCUCCUCCAACACCAUCUCCCUUUGGAACUUCAGAAGCCCCGAAAUCGGCUUUUUCAUUCGGGACUAAACCCGAUGAGCUCAGCUCGUCAAGUCCGUUUUCAUUCGCCCCAUCAGCCGCGCCUGCACCCAGCAAAGACAAAGAAGAUUCAAAAUCCGCAUCAUCUGCAUUCGGCUCCAGUUCAAGCAUUCCCAACUUCUUCGCGUCAUCCAAGGCAGCAUCAUCCACGUUCUCCGACUUAAAGCCAACAUCAGUAUUCGGUACCACGACCUCAUUAUUUGGUAACAAUACUGACUCGAGCAAGUCCUCCUUCUUCACCCCAGGGUCCUCAGACCUAUUUAACAAAGUAUCCGCGAAAACCGAUACAGGAAACGAAGAAACCAAAACCGGUAGUACCGCCGGUCUGUUUGGCAGCUCCUCCUUCACCCCGGCAACCAACGCAUCUGCUGCUACUGACAAACACACCAGUGCUUUCGGCACAUUUGGUGGGGGCUCGCCACCGAAAGGAAACGGAUUUACGUUUGGAAAGGUGGGAGGAGGGAGUAUCGGCAAUCCAGUAGGGUUCGGAUUCGGCGUCGCGAAGCCUGGAGAUGGGGCUUCUGCAUCUUCGUCAAGCGGCCCCGCGGAAUUCAGUUUUGGUGCUCCACCAACCAAGUCUGCCUCUCCGCCAAUGGACAUCGCCAGCCGAUCGGGAUCACAACCUGUUGCCGGGGACGAGGGGACGCCAGACGAUGCAAAACUGCUGCCGACUAGCAAUCAUGAUGGUGAAGGCGAGGGCGAAGAAGAUGAAGAGACGACUUAUACUGUGAAGGCUAAAGUCUUCAAGCUUUCGAAAACUCCUGAGAAGUCUGAGUGGAAGGAACUUGGUAUUGGCAUGUUCCGUUUGAAGAAGCAUAAGGAGACAGGUGCACGGCGCGCACUGAUGCGAAACAGUGCCACCGGGAGAAUCAUCAUGAAUUUUAGGUUGUUCGUGUCACUAACCCCAACACUGAUGAAGACGAUGAUAUCUUUCGUUGGACAUGACGAAGGUGCUCCGGCAUCAUUCCGAAUCCGUGUAAAAACUCCUGAGCAAGCUCAGGAGCUCAAGAAUGCUUUGGAUCGCGAGGUAGCAGCUGUCAAGGAGUCGAGUUAAGAAAUUCGUUGACUUUCGCGCCU